AUGUUCUCGUUCCUAACUGCUAAUAACUUUAUUGAACAUCAGAUUCAAAAAGGUUUCAUUCCCAAUCUGUCUGGCACUCUGGAACACACUGCUCAAAUGACAAAUAUUAUCAACCAAGCGAGAAUAAAGCAGCGCUCUGUUGUCAUCAUCCUUCUCGAUCUCAAGAAUGCUUUUGGUGAAGUGCAUCAUAAUCUAAUUCAAUCUGUCCUCGACUAUCAUCACAUUCCCAAAGUUGUUAGUGAAAUAAUAAGGAGCUUGUAUACGGACUUCAAUACUGCAUUUAUAACAUCAGAAUUCUCUACCCCAUUUAUAACUGUCGGUCGUGGAGUUCUUCAAGGAGACUGA